GCGCACGUCCUGUGCCGCGUGUCGGGACGCUCUGGUGCACGACGUCGGCAGCAGAGCGGCGCCGGGAGAAGGACGGGGCUAGUCACAGGGCAGCGGGGUGACUCCUUCCUCCCGGGGAGGGCAGUGUGGUGGGGGGUGGCGUCCAUGGUGGCGAGAGCUCAGCGGGGCCACCGAGGCGCCGAGUCAUUUUGAGGUUCCACAAGAGGAAUGGAUUCUGCCUGCACUGCAUCCACCACCAUCUCUGAGUGCUGUGGUCUGCUGCUGUUUUGUCUGUGAUUGCCCACAGUCAGUAUCAAAAGUCCAAAAGAAUUUCCAUCUUUCUGAGCAUGCAAGAUGAAAUCGAGACAGAAGAGAUCAUCAAGGACAUUUUUCAACAAGGCAAAACUUGCUUUAUUCCCCGGUACCAGUUCCAGAGCAAUCACAUGGAUAUGGUGAAGUUAGCAUCACCUGAGGAAAUUUUUUCACUUCCCAAAACAUCCUGGAAUAUUCAUCAGCCUGGUGAGGAUGAAGUUCGGGAGGAGGCCUUGUCAACAGGGGGACUCGAUCUCAUCUUCAUGCCGGGUCUUGGGUUUGACAGACAAGGCAACCGGCUGGGGAGGGGCAGGGGCUACUACGACGCCUACCUGAAGCGCUGUGCACAGCAGCAGCACGCGAAACCCUACACCAUGGCCUUGGCUUUCAAAGAACAGAUUUGCCUCCAGGUCCCAGUGGACGAAAAUGACGUGAAGGUAGAUGAAGUCCUUUACGAAGACUCCUCAGCAUCUUAAGCCCAAUUGACUACAGCAGAUAAUCAGUGUUUUGUACCCAAGAAGUAUGUGACACAGAAUAUGUGUAUUUCUCUUGUCGGAAAUAGUUGAAAUUGCACACUCAUGGGAACACGGACUGCAUUAUUUUUAGUAUAAUUAUAACACACCUAACGUAAAACUAUCUUUAAAAAUGAAUAGUAGAACAUUAAUUAAAAUGGAGGCUAUCACCAUA